AUGACAAUAUCACCUCCCUAUAUGUAUUCCCUCAUCCUCCUCGUAUUGGAAUCAAAUCACAGCCCUUCCUCCGACAUGGCGAGCAAACCCGGUAACAACGACGCAAGCUCCAACGAUGUCAAGGCUAAGCAUAUGUUCACCGGUGUUUUGCAAUCGAUAACAUCUAUGCUGCUUCUCUAUGCUAAGCAAACGAUUAUAGCUUCGAAAAAGUUGAACAACAAUACAAAGAUCUAUCUGGGGAUGCCGAAGAAACUAAUUUCCUCCAUAAGCAACAAAGCUAUCAAGUUGCGCCACCGGAUGAAGAGAACAUGA